CAAGGCGGCUGGUUCACGAGACUAGCUAGAAUCAAGGUGUGAAAGAGCGUUCUCAAAAAGGAAUGACUGUCUUCAAGACGAUCCACGAUGUUUCUCACAAAACACCCUGCCUGAUGUCGUGUGUCAAAUUGUUGUCCACGCCGAAAAGUACUAGACUCUCAGGCUGCUUCUUGUCACGGUGAGCAUGUCGACUGGCCGAGGGGCCGAAAUGUUCACUCAAUCAUGAUGUCAUGCUCUGUGAUCGGCGUCUUCGAAUUCUGGAUGUCCUCGCUGAAAUUCCUGCUGUCAUUCGUGUCAACGAUUCGAGUCUUGAUUCGACCAUAUUGCUGUCAUCUCUGCAUAGCAUCAGUUCUGUUUCCAAUCGCAAUGGGGUACCUGCCGAGUCGACUUCAAGCCCAGAGCUCGCUCCUGUCGAUAGUAUUUUUGUUGUUGUCCGCACAAUCAGGUGUGUGCUUCUUGCCUUCAUUUUUUUGUCAAGAUUCCUCUUUGCGUUCUGGUUCCUCCGCGUAUAGACCGAUACUACGCCUGUCUUUCGUGCACCAACACAUCGUGCCUCGUGCUGUUACGAAUCAUGACAGGGUAUCGAGCCACACUCCUGGUCCGGCGCCCGCUCCCAUCGCUGAUGGCCGGUAGAUCUCCAAUUGGGCGGGGUUCGAUUAGUCUCAUACUAUAACUGUCUUUCCUGCGCAAAUACAUUGUGCUGUUACGAAUCAUGGCGGGCUAUGGAGCCACACACCUGGUCUGGCUCCCACCCCGAUGGCCGGUACUAUCUCCAAUGCAGGUUUGGAUUGGUCUCAAGUCGAACGCCGUUUUGACGGACAUGCCAGCAGUGGAUGUCGUAUAGCUUUCUGCUGGUCAUAGUUGAAUUUUCCAGCAUGUACCGGUGGUCACCUAUGAAUUUCCGGGGUGAUAGCAGAUAAAGCCAACCG